AUGGAAUUCGAUCCGAAGACACCCCAGUACCUCACCUCGGACAAGUCGAGUUUCGCCUCGGUCUCGGCCAUUGAUCGAUGGCCCCGCAUCAUUACUGGUGCCAUUGAUGAUCUGCACCGCACUUUGAAGGACGUGACGGACGACGGGAAGCUCCAGGAAGGCAAGAGCAUCCUCGAAAAGAUCACCAAAUUGAACUAUGAGCUUCAGCACAACAAACAAUUGACACCUCUUGAUGACGAUGGCCAUUCGGAUAUUACUUCGUAUAACCAAGAGUUAGAGCAGCGUGGAAACCCCAAAUGGCAUGAUGCCCCAUGGCUCUAUGCCGAAUGCUAUCUUUACCGCCGCCUGGAAAGCUUCUUCGCGCUGUCAAAACUCUGGAAGGGAUAUGAUGUUUUUAGUCGCCAGAAAAUGUCUACCUUCAAGUCUUCACGCCCCGCCGUGCUGGAGCUUGCCGCGCGGUACCGUGAGUUGGCACAAGAAGCAGAGUUCAGCAAGGGCUCAGAUGGCAAAUCGGCCGAAGAAAUGGAGCAGGCAGAGCGAAUCCUCUUCUCCGAGAUGUGCGAAAUCUGCCUCUGGGGCAACGCUACCGACCUGUCGCUCUUGACAUCUCUAACGUAUGAGGACAUCCAGAAACUGCAGGGCUCAGAAGCACGAAAAGCUUCUCAAAGCAACAUCCUCGUCAACGACCUUGAUGCCGCUUUCGACGUCAUGCAGAAGGCCCGACGCGAGAAGAAGGAUGGCGAGCGUCGCGUCGACAUCGUUCUAGACAACUCCGGCUUUGAGCUGUUCGUCGACUUGAUCCUCGCUGGAUACCUGCUGUCCACGGGUCUGGCCACCAGCAUCGUCCUCCACCCCAAGCGCCUCCCAUGGUUCGUAUCCGACGUCACGCCUAAGGACUUUGCGGAUCUCCUGAAUUGCAUGGCCGACCCCCAAGCAUUCUACACUGCGCCGGACGACUCGGACAAGGCCCACCCCGAUCUCUCUGAAAAGGAGGUUGCCGACGUGAAAUUCCUCUUCGAGCAUUGGAGUGAAUUCCAUCAGGACGGCAAGCUCAUCGUGCGUCCGCACUCGUUCUGGACUACCCAGGGCUGCUUCUGGCGCAUGCCUCACGUUGCACCGGAACUUUUCGAAGAUCUGAAGGAGAGCGAGCUUGUCCUUUUCAAGGGUGAUUUGAACUACCGCAAGCUGACCAACGAUGCUCAAUGGGACCCUACAACACCAUUCACAACUGCCAUCGGUCCAAUGGGCCCCAAGUCCGGUAUCCGUGUUAUGGCCUUCCGCACUUGCAAAGCCGAUGUUGUCGUCGGUCUCCCAGCCGGCGAAGAUGAGAAGCUCCGCCAGCUUCCCGAUGGAGGCGGCAGCGAGGCUCGCAAGUGGGCUUGGAGCGGCAAGUGGGCGGUGGUAUCCUUCUCUGAUGGCAAGGCUUAG